GCGGCGCGGAACACGGCGCGACGGUGUCGUGCACAGUGGGUAGGACGUUUGCGAAGCCACUUUCAAUACCUGGCAUAACCAAUAACGUCUGUGAUAGAUUAUGGAAACAUAUGACGUGAUAGUUAAUCAACCAGUAGUUAUAGACAAUGGUUCCGGCGUCAUAAAGGCAGGUUUUGCUGGCGACCAAGUACCGAAAUGCCACUUCCCAAACUUCAUUGGACGACCAAAGCACAAGAGGGUCAUGGCAGGUGCCUUGGAAGGAGACAUAUUUGUAGGGCCGAAAGCAGAGGAGCACAGAGGUCUCCUGAGCAUUCGCUAUCCGAUGGAGCAUGGCAUUGUCAUAGACUGGAAUGAUAUGGAGAGGAUAUGGCAGUACAUCUAUUCCAAAGAGCAGCUACAGACAUUCUCUGAAGAGCAUCCCGUCCUCCUCACCGAGGCUCCCAUAAACCCGCUGAGAAACCGGGAACGCUCUGCAGAGAUAUUUUUUGAGACAUUCAAUGUUCCAGCAUUAUUUGUGUCUAUGCAAGCCGUCCUGAGCCUGUAUGCCACAGGUCGGACAACAGGUGUGGUGCUUGACUCGGGUGAUGGCGUCACCCAUGCAGUGCCCAUAUAUGAGGGUUUUGCCAUCCCCCACAGCAUCCUGCGAGUGGACAUUGCUGGCAGGGAUGUGACUGCUUAUCUACGCCACUUGCUGAGGAAGGAAGGUACCAACUUCCACACGACAGCAGAGUUUGAGAUUGUCAAGACGGUGAAGGAGAAAGCUUGCUAUUUGGCCAAUAACCCCCAACGAGAAGAGACAAUGGAUACGGAGAAGGCUCAUUACACAUUGCCCGAUGGAACUACUCUUGAAAUUGGACCAGCACGUUUCCGGGCGCCUGAGGUGCUCUUCCGACCAGACCUUAUUGGCGAGGAGUUUGAGGGCCUGCAUCAGGUGCUCGUCUUCGCAAUACACAAGUGUGACAUGGAUCUGCGUAGGGUUCUAUACCAAAACAUUGUUCUCUCUGGAGGGUCUACACUUUUCAAAGGCUUUGGUGAUCGGCUGCUUGGUGAGGUGAAGAAGAUAUCACCUAAGGGAAUCAAAAUCAGGAUAUCAGCCCCACAAGAACGGCUGUACUCUACCUGGAUUGGUGGCUCUAUUCUCGCUUCUCUCGACACAUUCAAGCGCAUGUGGGUAUCCAAGAGAGAGUACGAAGAGGAAGGCAUGCGGGCCCUUCAUCGCAAAACUUUCUGAACUGUGGCCACUCGUGUAAUAAGACUUCUUGUGCCUGCCCUCCCUGUUCUUUUUUUUUUCAUGUUUUUUUUUUUUUUUUUUUUUAAUGCUGGCUGUUCAGUCCUUUGAGCCAUAGGUUUGGUUUUUAUUUAUUAUCCUUGGUAUCCUGGGAAGCACCACCUCACAUUGAGGCAGGGAAUACUAUGGGCAAAGAUGACUUGUUGAGGUCUGUUUGUGCUGGCCUAGAAACUGUACGCCAGUACUGCAUUUUGAGUGCCACUUUUGGCAACCUUGCCUUGAACUGCUAAAUGCUUGAUCACUUUUUUUGAUGUGGCAGGCCUUACUAGGCACAUUCCAAACAGUUGCCGCUCGCAUGUUCAGCAUUGCCAUGAAGGAAUUGCUUUGGUUAGUUUGCAUGGAACAUCUCGUGGCUUGCCUUACAAUACAGCUUUGCCAUAAAUGGUGUGGCUCAAAUGGCAUGGCUGCACCCAAGCCCUGUUGAAGAUUUUUCUUGGGCAUUCAUGAUCAUGUAUGAUACACUGCAUAAAAUGGCUGCUCCUGGCAUCCAUAUGAAAUAAAUUUUUCUGCACCUUUAAA